UUAUAUAUUAUAUAUAUACACAAUUAUACAUACACACACUGAUGUACUAGCUGCUUGUUACUUUCUUUGAAGUUGGCUCCUUCUAAAAAAAGGUUGUUGCACUUGAUGCUUGAUAGAUGGAUGAUACCGGAAAGGAUGAUGUACCAAUCUUGUCAGGAAGAAAUUCGCAAUCUGUCAGACACGAUCGAAGAGUUUCUCACAUGAACAGAAGUGUUACAAUAUCCAUCCCAAUGACCUCACGUGAGUCUUCUGGUGAAACAAAUCGUGUCAGCUUUUCAGGUCCCCUACGUAGUGAUAAAAAAGCUCAACAAGAACAAGCGGAACAAGAAAAGACUAAAAGUCUUAACCAUCAAUGGGGGGUUAAUGAUACUGUAGCAAAAAACGAACAUUUAUAUAGGUCGGGACAAUUAGGGAUGUGUGAUGAUCCUUACUGUACAACGUGUCCAACUUCAUACACUAACAAAGGACACCUGAGCACAAGACUCUCCCAUGGGUUUGAUCACCGGAAGCUUGUGUAUGGAGGUGCAAAGGGAUGGUACCAACGGGCUCAAGAAAAGCUAUCCCUAAUCAAACACUUUACAUGUGGGGUAAUGAAUCCACAUAACAAAGCUGUUCAGCAGUGGAACCAAUUCAUUGUCAUUUCUUGCUUAUUCGCCAUUUUCAUAGACCCCUUGUUCUUUUUCUUGCUAUCAACGAAUGAGGAGCACAAGUGUAUUGUAAUUAAUUGGCCUAUGACUAAAGCCAUUGUGGUUUUCAGGAGUAUGACAGACUUUAUAUACCUCUUGCACAUGCUUGUUCAGUUCAGAUUAGCAUUCGUUUCUCCAGAAUCAAGAGUUGUAGGUGCUGGAGAUUUGGUAGAUCAUCCUAGGAAAAUUGCGAUGCAUUACUUUUCUGGAUUUUUUUUCCUCGACUUAUUCAUUGUCUUACCCCUUCCUCAGAUCAUUGUAUUAAUAUUCCUACCACAUUCCAUUGGGUCUUCUGGAGCUAAUUAUGCAAAAAAUCUGUUGCGGACAGCGAUUCUAGUUCAGUACAUUCCUAGGUUAUACCGAUUUUUGCCUCUCCUUGCAGGCCAGUCUCCAACUAAUUUCAUAUUUGAAUCAGCAUGGGCCAACUUUGUCAUCAAUCUUCUGACCUUUGUCUUGGCUGGUCAUGUUGUUGGGUCAUGCUGGUAUCUCUUUGGGUUACAGAGGGUUAAUCAGUGCCUUCGAGAUGCUUGUCGUCAUUCUGGAUUUACGCAAUGCAAGAAGCUCAUAGAUUGUGGGCAUGGAUAUUUUGGGAGCCCUGAAUCAAAUUCAGCAUGGAAUGACUGGAAGCAACAUGUAAAUUCCUCUGCUUGCUUUAAGGAGGACGGUUUCCCCUAUGGAAUUUACGUCAAAGCUGUCAAUCUCACAGCCGAAAGUAGCAUAAUCAGAAGAUAUAUCUACUCUUUUUUCUGGGGAUUUCAGCAAAUCAGCACACUGGCUGGCAAUCUAGUUCCAAGUUAUUUUGAAUGGGAAGUUCUCUUUACCAUUGGAAUUGUUGGACUUGGACUUCUACUUUUUGCUCUUCUUAUUGGGAACAUGCAGAACUUUCUUCAAGGUCUUGGACGCAGGCGACUAGAAAUGUCACUAAGACGGCGUGAUUUUGAGCAAUGGAUGAGCCACAGACACUUGCCAGACAACUUACGGAGAAAAGUUCGAGAGUCAGAGCGAUAUAACUGGGCUGCUACCCAAGGGGUUAAUGAAGAAAAUCUAAUGGUAACUUUGCCUGAAGACCUGCAAAGAGAUAUACGCCGCCACCUAUUUGAGUUUAUCAAGAAAGUACGCAUUUUUGCGGCAAUGGAUGAACCAAUCUUAGAUGCAAUAUGUGAAAGGUUGAGGCAAAAGACAUAUAUUAAAGGAGGAACACCUUUAUAUGAAGGAGGGAUUAUUACGAAAAUGGUAUUUAUUGUAAGAGGAAAGAUGCAGAGCAUAGGAGAAGAUGGGAAUAAAGUUCCAUUGUCAGAGGGAGACUCAUGUGGUGAAGAACUUCUCAUGUGGUGCCUUGAACAAUCCUCUGAUAAUGGAGAUACAAGAAACCAUAAAAAAUUAGGAUAUAGACUGCUCAGCAAAAGGACGGUGAAAUGCUUAACAAAUGUGGAGGCAUUUGUUCUAAGGGCUGCGGAUCUAGAAGAAGUCACCACCCUUUUUGCAGGAUUCUUAAGGAGUCAUCGUGUUCAGCAUGCCAUAAGGAAUGAAUCUCCAUACGAGCAAGGUAAAGCAGCAACCACUAUCCAGGUGAAGUGGAGAUACAUUAAGAAGAAGCUACGCGGUACAAACACCUCAAAUCGUGGUACUCCUCAUUCCUCAAAGUUCAAGUAGCGGCUAUUGUUCAAGGUCUCGUUAGUGUUCAUAGCUUAUGAAAUUGCUUUAUUGUACGUAACACAAUUACACAAAGCGUUCAUAAAUGCCUCUAAGGUCUGUUCCCAUGAAUCCUCAUUGUGUCUAUAGAUUAUAAAGUCUAAUUAUAUUAUUGAGAUAUAAAGUUUUAUCAAUUGAUCUGAA